UCAUUUCGCGCGCAACUUCAUUGUAAAUAACAGCAGUAAUGUGUCAGUUGUCGAUCUAAACAAUGGAUCAAGUGUUUUUGCUUGAUUUUAUUGUUUAUUUUAUUGUAAUGUUUAAUUAUUGAUGAGUUGUGAUGGUUUUUAUUUUGGUAAUUAAGUGAUAAUAUUUAUUGAUAUUAUUAAUGAUGAAUAAAAUUUAUUGUUUUUAUGGUUUAUGCCAAAUUAUCAUGAUUUUGCAAUUUUCACGAACUUUAGACCAAAAUCUUAAGUAUUAUGAGACACUUAAUGUCCAGCACCUGGACCACAAAAUAGUAAAACGCGGCACCGAGCACGGGAGCCAUCCGUACAACAAAAUAAACCAGGUGGAAUUUUACGCCCACGGUCGUCACUUUCGUCUGAUUCUGACCCCGCGAAAAGAAGUAAUCCACUCAAAAUUCAAAGCAUACGAAGUAAAUGCAGACGGAGAAGAGAAGUCCGUUCACCUGGACCACGAGAGUUUCUACCACGGGCGCGUGUUCGGGGAACUGGACUCCCACGCCCAGGUCCACAUUGACGAGGGUGUCAUUACUGGCAGCAUCACAAUUUCAGACGAAACUUAUCAUAUUGAGCCAUCAUGGAGACACCUCCCGCAGCUGGGCAACAAGUCGAUGAUCAUCUACAAGGCCUCGGAUGUUAAACUGAGCUGGGAACACGUCGAAAACGGGCAGGGACAUACUCACGGUGUCCCGAAAACCUGCGGCUACAUAAAGGCAUCAGCAGAUGAUCCAGGUGACGACGAUGACUCUGAUUAUGUCGAUGAACUGGAGCUCACUUCUGAUGACCUGGGAAUUUAUGCGAAUGAGUCAAGACCAUCAAGAGUUAAAAGACAGACGGAAACGUACGAAUACACGCCAACGAAAACUCGAUGCCCGCUGCUGCUGGUCGCUGACUACAGAUUUUAUCAGGAAAUGGGGGCGAGCAGUACCAAGACGACGAUCAAUUACCUGAUAAGUUUAAUUGAUCGUGUGCAUAAAAUUUACAAUGACACUCUCUGGCAGGAUCGUCUCGAGCAAGACGGAUUCAAAGGCAUGGGAUUUGUCAUCAAAAAGAUUGUCGUUCACAGCGAGCCGACGCGUGUACGUGGGGGUGAUACUCACUACAAUAUGAUACGGGAAAAAUGGGACGUUCGCACACUUCUUGAAGUGUUCAGUCGCGAGUACAGCCACAAAGAUUUUUGUCUCGCUCAUUUGUUCACUGAUUUGAAGUUUGAAGGCGGGAUACUUGGUCUUGCUUACGUUGGCUCUCCGCGGAGAAAUUCAGUAGGUGGGAUUUGUACUCCGGAGUAUUUUAAAAACGGGUAUACGUUGUACUUAAAUUCAGGAUUGAGCAGCAGUAGGAAUCAUUACGGUCAGCGGGUGAUAACGCGAGAAGCUGAUCUGGUGACAGCGCAUGAAUUCGGACACAACUGGGGCUCGGAGCAUGACCCGGACGUGACGGAAUGCAGCCCUAGUGCCAGCCAAGGAGGAUCUUAUUUGAUGUACACCUACAGCGUCAGCGGAUAUGACGUCAAUAACAAGAGAUUUUCCCCAUGUAGCUUGAGGUCCAUCAAGAAAGUCCUGCAAGCUAAGUCUGGGAGAUGCUUCAGCGAACCAGAGGAGUCGUUCUGUGGGAAUCUUAGGGUCGAGGGGGACGAGGAGUGCGACGCAGGACUGCUGGGCACCGAAGACAACGAUGCGUGUUGUGAUAAAAAUUGCAAGUUGAGGAGAAACCAGGGGGCUGUUUGCAGUGACAAGAAUUCUCCUUGCUGUCAGAAUUGUUUAUUUAUGCGGCUUGGCACCAAGUGCAGAGAUGCUCAGUACGCGACUUGCGAACAGGAGUCGAGGUGCACUGGAGCUUCGAGUGAAUGUCCGAGGUCGCCACCGAUGAAAAAUGGAACCGCUUGUCUGGAAAGAGGACAGUGCAGAUUAGGAAAGUGUGUUCCUUAUUGUGAGACUCAGGGGCUGCAGAGUUGCAUGUGUGAUACCAUUGGCGACGCUUGUAAAAGAUGCUGCAGAAUGAAUCUUAAUGAAACAUGUUUUCCAAUUGACCCACCUGACCUCCUACCAGACGGUACUCCAUGUAUUCAAGGCUUUUGCAAUAAGGGAAUAUGUGAAAAAACAAUUCAGGAUGUCGUUGAACGUUUUUGGGACAUAAUAGAGGACAUAAACAUAAAUAAAGUAAUAAGAUUUUUGAAGGACAAUAUUGUCGGGGCCGUUAUCAUCAGCACAGCAAUAAUAUGGAUUCCCGCGAGCUGUGUUGUCAGUUACAUCGACAGCAGACGCGUUAAGGAAAAUGACAAGAAAUGGAGAUGGAAAAAUACUGAUCAGCUGAUACACCCGGAUGAUCAGAGACAAGUGAUACAUGUCGGGUUACCGAGACGCUUGGAGCAAUCCAAAGUUACCUAAUUAAUUAUUUAAGUUUUUUUAAAGAGGGAGAGAGGGAGAGAGUCUAGUCAAGCCUCUUGCAAUAUUAUCUCUCAAUGUGUUCAUAUUAAAUUGAAUUUUGUACUUAAUUUUAAACCAAACAUUCCUUGCCAUCUAAAUUAAUAAGACGUAAUUUUAAAUUAUCUUUCAAUUAGACAUUCCAAAUUUUUUUUAAUGCCAACUUUUUUAUUUGUUGAUUUAAAAUCAUGAUCUCCGUCAGUUUUUUUAAAAAAAUUUUUUACUAGUCAACAUUGUUACCAGCAUUUUUUUAAUCGAACAAAUUUUUUUUUGUUUAUUUAAAUGACUAAUGGGUUUUGCAUUUGUAAUUU